UGGAUAAAGUACAGCUCAUCCCUCCCUUCACAUCAUGUCCCCUACUCGUUGGCCACACUCGCUGCAUGCUUUUUAAAUUCCCGUCGCCGGCCUCCAGACGUCGUUUCCUCUUGCCUGCGGGAUGAUGGACAGCAGGAUACUGGAUCCACCUCACGCCCAGUUCGGAGGCUCUCUCGGCGGGAUGGUGGGCUUCCCGUACCAUCUGAGCCACCAUCACGUUUACGAAUUAGCCGGGCAUCAACUUCAAUCUGCGUCCGCGGUUCCCUUCUCAAUAGACGGAUUACUUAAUGGUUCGUGCGCGGCUUCGGUGGGUAAUUCCAACCCCCUCUUGUCUUCGGGCUGCGGGAUGAAUGGAGAUAAUCAGCAGUACAAACUGACAGACUCGGGGGACCCAGACAAAGAUAGCCCCGGUUGCAAGAGACGAAGAACUCGCACAAAUUUCACUGGUUGGCAGCUGGAGGAAUUAGAAAAGGCUUUUAAUGAGAGUCACUAUCCGGACGUGUUCAUGAGGGAGGCUCUGGCUCUGCGGUUGGACUUGAUAGAAUCGAGGGUUCAGGUAUGGUUUCAAAAUCGCAGAGCCAAGUGGAGGAAAAAGGAGAACACAAAGAAAGGUCCGGGUCGACCUGCGCACAACGCCCACCCCACCACCUGCAGCGGGGAGCCCAUGGACCCGGAGGAGAUCGCCCGGAGAGAGCUGGACAGGCUGGAGAAGAAGAAGCGAAAGCAGGAGCGCCGGCUGCUCAAGUCCCAGAACAAGCUCCUUUCUGGGGAUUUAUUUCACACCCCGGGAUCAGACAGCGACAGCGGGGUUUCACAUGUGACCGACAGUGACCACACUGGCCAACCUUUUGACUCAGUAGGGGGGAACCAAUCGAGCUGCGACCAAACACCUCACCCUCUCCAGACCCAAAACCAGAACCAAAGACACUUAGACCGGGAUGCUGGCGGAUCCGAGCUGGACUCCCCCGACCCCAGCCACCGGUCAAGCCUGUGCUCCGGCAGCAACCGAGCCUCCAGCCUGCAGAAACUCAACCCUUUUAGCGUCGAGAGCCUCCUUUCGGACACCAGACCGAGACGCAACCCAGCGGCCUUACCCUCCUCACGGCCUUUGAUAGGGAAAGGACACUUCCUACUCUAUCCCAUCACACAGCCGCUUGGAUUCAUUGUUCCUCAAACUGCCCUGAAGACGACGACGCAGACGACUACGACGGCGGCGGACGGUGACGCACCGGCGGAGAGAAACCAGCCUGGUGCGCGCUGCGGGAGCUCUGCGGGAUGUAGGAGCGGCUCGCCGGACUCUGCAGACGCCACGCAAAAGGGACAGGUGGGAGCAGAGGAAAAGACACAGCACAGCAGCCCAUCCAGGACCGCCUUUUCCACUGGCAAAAGUACUCAGACCUCUGUCAUUUGCAGCGAGUCGACUUUUACGCACGAACACAGUCCACAACUUGCUGCCGACGCAGACAGAAAAGAGCAUUUAGAGAGCAAGGAGCACCCCGAGUCUGUCCUCAGUGACUGUUCUGCAGAAACAAAGACAGACUCUAAAGAAGAUGUCAACAUGGAAUAAAUCAGUGGCGGUAAAAAACAAAAAACAAAAACAACAAAAAACAAACAAAAAAGCAUAUAGCCUCUAAAUGACACCUUCCAUUAGGCCAAAGCAGAAACUACAUAUUUGCAUCUAAUCUCUAGGUUUCCCCCAAACUCUGCUGAUAUUUUGACAAUGUGCUCUCUCUCUCUCUCUCUCUCUCUCUCUCUCUCUCUCUCUCUGCGAGUGUGUGUGUGAGUCAGGAGUCUCUCCUUUAACGUGUGAUAACUUGUCAAAAAAAGAAGAAAAAAAAACACAAGACCAACAAAAAUCCUCAAGAGCUGUAAGAAAGGUAUUAUACUAUUUAUAUAUGUAAGGUUUUUCUUAAAUAAAUCUAUUGUAUACAAGCA